AUGUCCAGUAGACGUUCUAUCAGCCAAAAUGGUACAAUCAACAGGUCACAUUCGGGUAAGCCUGAAGGGAAUCGAGCCCAAUGGAGUACACAGUCGUUUACCGUGAGCCAACUCCUAAAACAGUUUCCUUUUCCACAGACCGUAAAAUGUACACAGCAGUGCAUUUUUACCAAAAACAACUCGUCGCUUCCUGUUAACCUGUCACAACCAGUGUAUCUCUACCACAAACGAACAAUUCGGAAAUUGCUCGCUCGUAAUGUUGUUUUGGACCCAGAGACUCAACGUUAUACAGAAAAGGACGAAACUAUCGUCAUUCCCGCUGAUUACGAAGGAAGGUUUCUCCGUUUAAAUUCACGGACUGUCAAAGACAGCGAAGGUCAUCGGGAUCUCGAGAGCUUGUCCCGGAACCAUGUACAGGCAUUCCUCACACUGACCAAACUGACCGCCAACGUAAUAGGGUCUGGUCCGGAGUCUAAAGAUUACGACAAUGUGAACUAUGGCCCCGGGAACGUAUUCUUAAUAGAUCGUGUGUACACGGGUACAUCACACAUACAAAGUGAAGGCAGACUCUUCACAAUCCGGUCCAGCGCCAGAACACAGGUCAGGUAUCUCAAGUGUAGGGACGAGAAAAAUGUGGAUGUCCUUCUUCCCCUGUCACAGACCGGCGAAUUUGUGGAGGUCAUACCUAACCAAAGUGACGACAGUCGUCUUUCUGUUGACAGCGAGUGUCUGAUAGCGACGUCCAAGUUCCCAUCUCUGGUCAGAUUUCUCAGUGGUAGAAAUCGACCUCGACUGACCACAUUUAACGGCCUUUUCACAUUACUGGAUUCGUUCGAGGAGACGACUCUGUUUGGUUGCGUCCUUGACCCUCGUGGAUAUACAAUGAUAGAAAUUCCUGUAUCGUCACCACUCCAAUUUCAACUGGCUUUGAAUAAGAACGAUCUGUCCGUGAAUCCAGUUGUGAAAAAAGCGCACAAGUUAUGCGAGACGAAUGCGCCAGAUUUCUGUAGAGAUAUCAAGUAUAAGUUCAAGUUUGCACAGAAAAUUACACAAAUAAGCGGGCGUAAUGUUGGUCCGUUAGACGAAAAGAACCCACAUGAAGACACAUUGAGUGCCACUAACAGUGCUAGGUUCGGGCUGUCCACGACACACAUUUAUCUGUAA